AUGAACUUAAAAAUGGAAAAAUUUUCAUAUUUCUCAAUACUAGUCGGUAUUUUUAAGUUUUCGAUGUGUAGCGACUUCAAUUUUCAGUGGUAUGCAAAUAUAGAGAAUUUCGGUUCUAACGUGAUGGUCCCUGUCGAAUCGUAUAUUUUUCUUGAAGAACAACAAUAUAUUAAUAAUACUUUUAUUGAUGAGAAUGAUAUAAAAAAUAGAUGGGUUGGAAAUAGCACCUUUUUAAUUAGAAGUCAAUUCCCAUCAACCUUGAAUAUGCUUCAGGCUCAGAAGCUUUUACUCAUUUUUCAUGGAAUCGAUACUUUUUCUAAAAUAGAACUUAAUGGUCACAAAAUCGGCAAAACGGAUAAUAUGUUUACACGAUAUGUUUUUGAUAUUAAAGAUUACAUAACAAAUAAUACAAGCUCAAGUAAUAAGUUGAUGGUAAUAAUUGAAUCUUCGAUGAAAUUAGCUAAAGAUUUAUAUUAUAAUCAUAGUAAAAAAUACAUAGUUUAUCCAAAAUGUGUUCCAAAAACAUAUCAUGGCGAGUGUCAUGUCAAUCAUAUUCGUAAAAUGCAAGCAAGCUUCGGUUGGGAUUGGGGUCCAGCGAUACCUACUAGUGGAAUUUGGCGUGAUGUCGAUCUUAUGAUAGUGCAAGAUGCUGUAAUAUUGGAUCAUACAGUAGAUUUGUAUGAAAUUAAUAAGACGAACUGGAGAAUAAAUGUAACUGUUUUUCUCGAAGUAGCUCUCAUUAAUCCAAGUGAGCCGAUUCAAUGUGAAUUAUCGAUCAUUUUAAAAAUAAAUAGUUCUUAUUUAAAUAACUCAAAAACAAUUAAUCUGCUCAAUAGUCAACAGCAAUCUAUAUCUUUAGAUGUUCUUGAGAGUCAAAUACAUCGUUGGUGGCCAAACGGUUAUGGCUCUCAAACUCUUUAUAAUAUAACAACGAAAUUAAAAACCAAAAGUGGUGUACAAAUACGUAAAAAACGUAUUGGUUUUAGAACAGUUAAGUUAGUUCAGGAACCUUUAAAAAAAGGUUUGAGUUUUUAUUUUCAAAUUAAUGAGAUUCCAAUUUUCGCAAAAGGUAGUAAUUUUAUACCAAUGAGUAUGUAUCCAAGUAAAUCAUCGAAUCAGACAUACGCAAGGUAUCUUUUGGAAUCAGCAAAACAAGUUAAUAUGAAUAUGCUUCGAGUUUGGGGCGGUGGUGUAUAUGAGUCUGAUUUUUUUUAUGACUUAGCUGAUGAAUUAGGAUUGAUGAUUUGGCAAGACUUCAUGUUUGCUUGCUCUAUGUAUCCAACUACACCUGAAUUUUUAGCUUCAGUAAAAGAGGAAGUCAAGCAGAAUGUUUGGAGACUCAAAUCCCAUGCAUCAAUCGUUAUUUGGGCAGGGAAUAACGAAAAUGAAGCAGCUUUAUACGGAAAUUGGUAUGGCACUGGAACGCAAAAAAUUUACAAAAAUGAUUACAUUGAACUGUACGUAAAUUUAAUAAAAUCAGAAGUUAAAAAAUUAGAUUCCACCCGUCCUUUUGUCGUAUCAAGUCCCAGUAAUGGAGACUGGGCAGAUCAGAAUGGUUGGAUUGGAACAGAUCCAUAUUCUACUUUUUAUGGAGACAUUCACUAUUAUAAUUAUUUAGCUAAUGGAUGGGAUAUUAAUAUUUAUCCUCGCCCACGGUUUUCGUCAGAGUAUGGUUUCCAAUCGUUGCCAUCAAUUUACAGUUUAAAAACUGUAGUCAAUAAUUUAAAAGAUUUAACUAUAGAUUCGCAAUUUUUGCGACAUCGUCAACAUUUGCCGGGUGGAUGUGAAUUUAUGAAAUCGCUGAUAACAAAAAAUUUUAAACUUCCCGAAACCACUGAUGCACUAAAUUAUUUUGAUAAUUAUAUUUAUUUAAGUCAAAUAAAUCAAGCCCAAUCUGUUAAAGUACAAACAGAAUCAUAUCGCCAAGCCAAAAGUUAUAUUUAUGACUCGGGUGAAGGUAAUACAAUGGGCGCACUUUAUUGGCAACUAAAUGAUGUUUGGCCCGCACCUUCAUGGUCAUCAAUUGACGAAGGGGGCCGCUGGAAAAUACUUCAUUAUUUUGCUCAGAAUUUUUUCGCACCGAUCAUUAUAAGUCCAAGAUUAUUACCAACUAAUGAUAUAACAAUAUUUAUUGUUUCCGAUGAAUUGAAUCCGAGGUAUAAUUGUUCGGUCGAAAUCAAUGUCCACAAAGUACAGAAAGAAAGAUUUUCUAACAUUAUUACCCAAAAAUUCAACAAUGUUACUAUUAAUGCAAAUAUAGCUUAUGAAUUAUCAACGGUAAACCUUGAAGACACACUCACAAAUGCCUCUUGCGGUGCUACCUUAAUUGAAGCGAAAAAGAAUUGUAUAAUUGAUAUGAAUUUGAAAGACCAUGAUGGAAAACAGAUAGCACCAACUAAUUAUAUUUAUCCUUCUGCCCUCAAAAAUUUCGACUUACCAGCUUGUGAAAUGAUCGUAUCCUUCGAUUCUAUUGACUAUAAAGUUACUCUUCAAUCCCUCUGCGGAAUUCAGCUAUUUGUAUGGUUUGAUUUUUCAAGUUAUAGAUCUGGAAGAUUUUCCGAAAAUGGAUUCCAUGUCAUGCAAGGUGUAAAAAAAAUUUAUUUUUAUCCGAAUACCGAGACAUUUGACUUGUUUGAAUUUAUUCAACAUUUGAAAGUUGUAAGUUUAGGUCAGUUAUACAUGACUCCUCAGCCCACUAAUAAAGUUUGUAUCAACUGUCUCAAUCUCUAA